AUUCUUCACCCAAGGAUUGAUUAACAUUCAUAGGGGGAAAAGGAAAGUGGUGAGCACGGGGAAAGAAAAGGGAGGCGAGCGGAUUCAAGUUCCCACUGCAAAUACAUCGGGAGCAGGGAGACAAUCAAGCACAGAAUGGCCAUUUUAUAACAGGGGGGUCUCUGACGUAUGGCUGAGUGUUUGCUGGCAGGGAUCUUUAUGGACCAGUAGGCAGAUCGCAAGUGAAGCUGACAAGACUUUGUGCGUUUUGGAACGGAGUGUCAACUACUGUAGGGAGGAACAGAGCCACUCAAUCACUGCGGCGGUAAAUAAGAGGCAGAAGUGAAGGAAGGAAGGAGGAAGAGAGAGAAAGUCUUUGCUGGGGGCGGGGAGCGAAAGCAUUUUUGGUGGAUGGUAUAAAGCCAGCCAUGGAAACUGCCGCCGAGGAAAAUACAGAACAAAGCCAAGAAAAAAAAGUGAUCACCAGACCAGAAAUGGAAAUUGGCAGGUACCAAUGGAUGUACAGGAAUUCAAGGCUACACCAGUACCAUCAUGUGCCAGCAUUGAGGGGCAAUGUUGGCCCUUUGGGGAUUCAAGGUUGCUUUGAAUGUUGCAUUAAGUGCCUGGGAGGAGUCCCAUAUGCUUCACUUGUGGCUACUAUUCUUUGCUUCUCUGGGGUAGCCUUGUUCUGCGGCUGCGGUCAUGUCGCUCUUGCUGGGACCAUCACUAUCCUCGAACAGCGCUUCUCCACAAAUGCCACUGAUCACGCUUUGUUGUCUGAAGUAAUAAAGUUAAUGCAGUAUGUGAUCUAUGGCAUUGCAUCAUUUUUUUUCUUGUAUGGAAUCAUUUUGUUGGCGGAGGGAUUUUAUACGACGAGUGCCGUAAAGGAGCUGCAUGGCGAAUUCAAGACCACGAUCUGUGGCCGUUGCAUCAGUGGAAUGUUUGUUUUCCUCACCUACGUUCUGGGGGUCGCCUGGCUCGGAGUCUUUGGCUUCUCUGCAGUACCGGUCUUUAUGUUCUAUAACAUAUGGUCGACCUGUGAAGUCAUCAGAUCCCUCCCGGCAAAUAUGACAGCUUCAGCAGACCAGAUCUGUGUGGAUGUCAGGCAAUACGGGAUUAUCCCUUGGAGCGCUGUACCUGGCCGGGCAUGUGGGUCAGCCUUAGCGGAAAUGUGCAACACACCUGAGUUUUAUUUGUCUUACCACCUGUUCAUUGUGGCCUGUGCGGGAGCUGGUGCGACUGUCAUAGCCCUGAUCCACUUCCUCAUGAUACUCUCCUCUAACUGGGCCUACUUAAAGGAUGCAAGCAAAAUGCAGGCUUACCAGGAAAUCAAAGCAAAAGAAGAACAGGAGCUGCAGGAUAUCCAGUCUCGGUCCAAAGAGCAACUCAAUUCUUACACAUAAAUGUUUGCCAGAGUCCUUUUCAGAAGAAUUUUGUAGCUCUGACAAAUCAACACGCAGCUGUUCUGCAGUACAGGUGUCUGUCCAAGCAAAUACCGAAGUGUCAAAACUUCAUAUUCAUGCUCCUGGGCCACGUUCAUAGGGAAACCUUGCAGUGGAUAUCCUUCAUUCCUUUUAGUACUGAGUUUGGAGUUGGGGGGGAUGGGGGGGAGGGUGAGAAACAUCCUCAUUCUAGGCCACUACACACACACACAUAACCAAGUCAGAUCUCUUUAUGGAUGCUCUUGGUAAUUAUGAAAAAUUACUGAUGACAAAAUGUCUUUCCGAAUGGAAUACUGCAGUACGUAUUCAGCCCUGCAAGGACUAGAAGAUUUUAAAAGGCUGUACAUAAAUUACACAGGCGUAACUAAGAUUCUAGUACUUAGCUAGAUAAAGGUAUUCCUUUUAUGCUGAAUGCUGAUGGUUAUGUUUUCAGAAAGUCAUAAAUCAGCUUAUUCAGUCUCUCUCAAAAUUAAAACUAGGUUUUGUGGUCUGAAUUCCAGAAAUGUAUUCUGAGCCACUCUCCUUUUUCAACAAUGCUAUGAUGAGCCACUGUUCUACUGCACUUACCUGAGUAAGCUGGGUGCUGAAUGUCCCCAAGUUUCAUUUUUUUUUUAAAAAAAAGUGUUUGAUGGAAUGUAGACAGACCCUACGGAUCAGGAUAAUGAUUCCCUUCUCUGAAAAUAAAUGUCAGCUUUGCCUUAAUGUUUAUUUUCUAUAAAUGUCUUAAGCAUUUAUAUAGCAGCGGGAGAUCAUUAUCCUGUCUGUUUUAUCUAA